UACGCCAAUGUUUUCCACAGCGACAGAGAUCUGAGUAACUCCUUCCGCUCCGACUACAGCCUGCCCACAGACACAAAGCUAAUAGCACUGAGUAACGUUACUGUUACAGGAAACCAACUUUUACUUUCCUCACAUUUGACUUUAGAAACACCGAUAGUUGAAGAUGACUGAUCGUUACAACAUCCACAGUCAGCUGGAGCAUCUGCAGUCGAAGUACAUCGGCACAGGCCACGCAGACACCAGCAAGUGGGAAUGGCUGGUUAACCAGCACAGAGACUCAUACUGCUCCUACAUGGGCCACUUCGACCUUCUCAAUUACUUCGCUGUCGCUGAGAACGAGAGCAAGGCUCGGGUCCGCUUUAACCUGAUGGAGAAGAUGCUGCAGCCAUGUGGUCCACCAGCUGACAAACCUGACGAUGCUUAGGGCCGUGACUCUGUCCCCACAGCUGGAUGUUUUCUGUUCAUUCAGUCCUGGGAGAUCAAAUAUAGAGACCCUGGACACAUGAGGGAACCGUUGAAUCCUCUUGUUAAUGAACCAGUCAAUGUUCUCUUUUUUUCUGCUUUUUUUUUUGUGAUAUUUUGUAUAGAUUGUUGAACUUCAAGUGUGUUUAAAGAAAAUAAAAUUGAUACCCAAUCAGUAAUGCAUUGAUUGUUUUAUUAUUAAUAUUAAUUUUAAUCAUUACAAACUUUUUACUUGGUCAACAAGGGCCCAGUCAUCUGAUCAAAAGCGACAGAAAAGACAUUUAUAAUGUUACAGAAUGUUUCAAAUCAAUUGUUCUUUUGAAGUUUCUCAAAUAAAAGCAGCCUGGUGAGCA